CUCUUAUUCACUCGUCGCGAGAGAAAGAAGAAGAAGAAGAAAGAAACAUGAGUUCCAACUCUGAUACGCAAGCUCACCAUGUGGUUCUCUUUCCCUUCAUGUCCAAAGGCCAUACCGUCCCAAUCCUCCACCUAGCCCACCUCCUCCUCCUCCGCCGCCACGCUGUCACCGUCUUCACCACCCCGGCAAACCGUCCGUUCAUCGCUCAGUCCCUUGCUGACACUUCUGCCUCCAUUGUCGACCUUCCCUUCCCUCAAAACGUAGCUGACAGUGACGUCCCAGCUGGCAUCGAGAGCACCGACAAACUGCCCUCAAUGUCCCUGUUCCAUUCAUUCGCAAUCGCCACCAAGCUCAUGCAGCCCGAUUUCGAACGAGAGCUGGAGGCUCUUCCACGUGUCAGCUUCGUGGUCUCCGAUUGGUUCCUCUGGUGGACUCUAGAGUCUGCCUCCACGUUCAACAUCCCGCGGUUUGCAUUCCAUGGGAUGAGCUAUUACUCCAGGGCUUUGUCCUGGGAUGUGGUUCGGAAUCGGCUUCUCUUUGGACCCGAGUCAGACGAUGAGUUGAUAACAGUGCCCGCUUUUCCAUGGAUCAAACUCACUAAAAAUGACUUUGAACGGCAAUUUAGGGACCCGGAGCCAAAGGGUCAGGAUUCUGAGUUCAUUAUGAAUGUUGUAAUAUCAGAGACCAGUAGCUACGGUAUUAUAUUCAACAGUUUUAAUGAGCUCGAGCCCUUGUUUGUUGAUUAUUGGAACCGUGAGGGUUUACCCAAGGCUUGGUCUGUGGGGCCUCUUUGCCUGGCUGACCCCCCAAAGGAACCCCACAGUAAGCCCGCAUGGGUGCAGUGGCUGGACAAGAAGCUGGAGCAGGGCAACUCUGUUCUUUACGUAGCCUUUGGAUCUCAGGCGGAGAUUUCCCCUGCACAACUCAAAGAAAUAGCAACUGGGUUGGAAGAAUCCAAUGUCAAUUUCUUGUGGGUGAUAAGAAAAAGCGAGUCGGAGAUUUCGGAGGAGUUUGAAGAGAGAGUGAAAGACAGAGGAAUUGUAGUGAGAGAGUGGGUUGACCAAAGGGGGAUUUUGAUGCAUGAGUGCGUGCAGGGGUUUCUAAGCCACUGUGGGUGGAAUUCUGUUUUGGAGAGCAUAUGUGCCGGAGUGCCAAUCCUGGCGUGGCCCAUGCUGGCAGAGCAACCUUUGAAUGCGAGAAUGGUGGCGGAGGAGAUAAAGGUGGGGCUGAGGGUUGAGACCGUUGAUGGUUCAGUGAGAGGGUUUGUGAAGUGGGAGGGGUUAGAGAAAAUGGUGAAGGAGUUGAUGGAGGGAGAGAUGGGGAAGGAGGUGAGGAAGAAGGUGAAGGAGUUUGCCGUGAUGGCCAAGAAGGCUGUGGACGACGGUGGAUCGUCCUCCCGCACGAUGGACUUACUCAUUGAUGAGCUACACAUUACGACAGGCCUUGUGUAACUCUCUCCGCUGGCCACCGCGGUGGGCUAUAGAAGUCAACUUCUUUGUUUUCUUUAAUAAUUAAGCUUAAUUAGUAUGUAACUACCGGCACCUAGGAAUCCUACCCUUGAUUUUGUUCUUAAUUUCUCCGAACACAAAUUCCUGUUCUUAAACCCCACAAGGCCAAAUUGUGGAUUUCCUGAACUGUCCAAUGUUUCCCAUGUGGGAUUGGGCCGUGUAUUUGGGACAUCUAGAAUUAUAUGAGAAUCUACUUGUAA